GUCGCAGCAGCAGCUGCUCUGUACGUACGUGCUAUCUGCUCUGCUGCUGUGCUGCACUACGAGUGAUACGCAUACGACUACACUCCACAGGCUACACCUACAGUUACGCUUAUAACUAUAUAUACAGCCUAUAGCUUUGGUGGUUAUAGUUUUAGUGGAAGCAGAGGAGAGACUGAGAGAGUGGUCUAGUGGAGUGGACUUAACCGUCGGCAGCGCAGGCGGACUUUGCGGAGACGGACGUUCGAGCAGCAGCCGCCGAUUUCAAUAUGAUAGUGUGAGAAGAAACAUCAACACCUGGAUUUGCCACACUGUAGAAUUUCAUUAGAAACAUACUUUUGGAACGCAGCAGGAUAAUAACUGCAACAAUGAAGGUCGUGGCAUUGAUUAGUGGUGGCAAGGAUUCUUGCUUCAACAUGAUGCAGUGCAUAGCAGCAGGACAUGAUAUUGUGGCACUGGCUAAUUUAUAUCCAGUCGGAAAGGAUGAGUUGGAUUCUUAUAUGUUUCAAACUGUUGGCCAUCAAGGAGUGGAAUUUAUGGGAGAAGCAAUGGGAUUACCUCUGUACAGAGAACCAACUUUUGGAAAAUCAAAAAUGCAGGAAAAACAUUAUUUGCCAACAGAAGAUGACGAAGUUGAAGAUUUAUAUAGGCUUUUGAAAAAAGUCAAGGACCGAGAAGAUAUUCAAGCUGUUGCUUCUGGGGCAAUUCUCAGUGAUUAUCAACGAAUACGUGUGGAAAAUGUGUGUAGUAGGUUGGGCUUAGUGUCUUUAUCAUACUUGUGGAGGCGAGAUCAAGAGCAACUGCUGAAAGAAAUGAUCGAGUGCUCUGUAAAUGCAGUUAUCAUAAAAGUUGCAUCAUUGGGUUUAGAACCCAGGCAUUUAGGAAAAUCAAUCUCCGAGAUGCAGCCACAUCUCGCCAAAAUGAAAGAAAAAUAUGGUUUAAAUGUAUGCGGAGAAGGAGGAGAAUAUGAAACAUUUACUUUGGAUUGCCCUUUGUACAUUAAGAGUAUCGUUAUAGAUGAAUAUGAAAGUGUGGUGCACUCAAAUGAUGAAAUAGCACCGGUUGGAUACCUGAAUUUCAAAAAGAUUCACCUACAAAAUAAAAAUAGUGGUAUAGAAAAUUUGACACUUCAAGAAAGACUGAAGAACAUUGCGGUAAAAACUCCACUUGACUAUAUUUCCGAAAUAGUCGGACCAGAUUUACAAGACGGAUGUAAUCUGUCCGAUGACGAAAAUGAUGAACAGGAGAAAGAUAAUAAAGACUUACAAACGACAAAUAGUGGUCAACUUAAUCCACCAAGCUCUAUGGAAACAGCAUACGAGGAAGAAGAAUAUCCUAAUGUUCCAGCUGUUAACAAAAACCAAACUGGCUGGUACUGGUUUGGUAGCAUCGUUGGUAAAAAUCCAGAACCAAAGCUUGCUAUGGCUGAAGCAUUAGAUAGUUUAAUUGAUCUAGUCAUAAAAGAAAACCUAGAAAUAACCGAUCUAGUUGCGGUGACAAUGUUUUUAAAGGAUUUAUCAGCCUAUGCGGACAUAAACGAAGUUUACGUGUCGAAGCUUGCAAAAGUCAAUCCUCCUGUUAGAGUGUGUACAGAGAUCCCUAUUAAUUUUCACGUUGUUUUGGAUGCACUAGCGUAUAAAAAACUUGAAGAGGACGAAAGAAGCGAUAAAAAAGUGCACAAAAGACACACAAUGCAUGUUCAGAGUAUAAGCCAUUGGGCGCCUGCAAAUAUUGGACCUUAUUCACAAGCCGUUCGAGUCGGGGACAUAAUUUCGGUUGCAGGCCAAAUUCCUUUAGUACCGGGUAACAUGGCAAUCCUGGAUUCGAACAUCAAGCGCCAGUGUCGAUUAACGUUGAGACAUAUCAACCGUAUCGUCAAGGCGAUGGAUUCGAACACUGAACUAAGGCAUAUAGUCCAGGGAAUUUGCUUCCUUACGCAUCCGAGCUUCAUCCCGGCUGCGCGCAAGGAGUGGGAAAAGCGCACCAACAAUGCGAUCGUCGAUUACGUCGUUGUCUCGAGUUUACCUCGUGGCGCCCAGGUUGAGUGGUGCGUGUGGGCGCAUCGCGACAACAAUAGAUUUGAGUAUGAGGAGACUGGCAAGUGUGUUGGCAAUUUCAAGGUUGCUAUCAGACGGAGGUGGAACUACGAGAAUAACGUUUCUGCGAUUGUUUGUUACCUAUCGACUGGCUCAUCAAACUCAACCGGCAAUCUGACGACGGAGACUAAUAUCUCAUCGGCGGACUUCACGCUGCCAGAGCUUGUCGAGGCCUUUGAGUACUUGCUGUGCAAGCUGACAAAGGGUUCGCAAGCUGAAAAUCCAUCGUGCAACCUGCGGAUCUUCUACAAGGUCGGCAGUCUGUCAGGGCCUAGCUUCAUCCAGCAAGCUUUAAGACACUUUGACAGUCGCAACCUUGUUACGACCAUCAUACCCACGCGGCAUCUGCACAACUUCAGUACCUUCCUAUCGGUCUGUGGCAUCAGACACGAGUAGACACUCACCCACUUACUCACUCACUCUAUGAACGAGCAGCAGCAACGAUGAUGAUGAUGACAAUGCCCGAUUUUUCAUAUUUGUCAAUUAUAUCGAGAGUGAAUCAAUAUAAAGUCGCGUCCUUGCCGAACGGCACAGGCAGCACCGGUCUCAUAUUAUCCAUAGACUAUUUGAAACUCGACUUUGAUUCUAUUGGUAUGAAAAUGCAAGAUGCUUUGAUUGUAAUUUUGCGGCCCUACAUAUUAGCCCAAAACUGGCCAGUCUUUGUUUAAGACAUUUUUGUUCUACUAUUUCUAUGUAGAAACUUUAAUCAUAUAUGCACCUUCCGCUGUUUUAAGUUACCAAAAGUACUUAAAAACAUGUGUUGUUAUAAGGUUUAGCCAUAGAAAUAAGGAUUAUUUUUUUAAUAAUAUGAAAAGUGAACUCUUGAGAUCCUUUCUGUGCAUGUUCACUUUAUUUAUAAGAUAUAUAUUAAUUAAACGCCAGCUUUUUUAUUUUAAAUUUAGAGUAUCUGCUGAGCAUGACAAUAUUUAAUGUUUAACGUCAGUCAGUUCUUUAAAAUAAUUUUCAUUUAUAAAAUCCUAAUGAAUUUUUCGACAACUUUUUUUUUUAAUAAUGAUAACAUUUUUAUACAGAAGUUAUAAAGAAAAGAUAAUUAACUUUGCUGUUCAAGUUAUUUUUGAUGCAUGACUUGAAAAGCACUGCUUUACUUAAAGAAAUUAAAUUAUGUCAGUCACGUUCUAUUAUAAAUAAGUCAAAACGGUUUAGCCAUCACCAAAAAGAUUCUUUUAUUAUUAAAGAAUCAUUGAAAAUAACGUGAUUUCGAUUUCACUCAACAAAAUUUUUGAAUUGAUAAAAAAAGUUAAUAUUUUUAUUUUUGUGAUUGGGUUUAAUACGCAGUAAUCAAAAGUAGUAAUAAUUAAAUAUUUUAUCAUCAUUUUAAUAUAAGGCAACAGUGUAAUUUGUUUAAAAACAUUGACUUAUUAAAAAUCACUAUUAUUUUAGGGAUAACGUUUGAAUAUUCCUUUACCUCUUUUGAUUCUGUAAAUUUUAAUGUAGAAAUAUGAAGUUAGUGAAAUUCAAAUCAGAUAUUAUUUCUGAAAUUAGACUACCUGUGCGGUUCGGUGGUACUGCACUCGAUAUUCAUUAACGAUGCAUGUAUAAAUAUCUUUUACAUUUUUGCCUAGUCAACGGGUCGAGUGCAAUCCUGUAAAGGCCGUCCCGUUAGUGUUAAGUGCUCUGAAUGAUGCGAUCCAUUUAUGUAAAAAUUUGUACAACACUUUCACGCAUUCAUACGCAACCUCAUUAUGUUAUGGGUCAUCUUGUUCUGCUGAUAUAUCUUUCUUUUUUAAUACACACACACACACACACACACACACACACACUUGAAUGCUGCGAUUUGCGCGGAAUGUUAUUAUUGCGUGUUCACUGUCUAAUUUGUAUAAAGUAAAAGGAAAAUUUUGUCAAGUUUUGUCAGUACUGGUGAGCAACGAAUAGAAAUUUCAUAAUCGAUAUCGUGUUAUCACGUAAACUUUAUUAGGUUUCGUUCGUGAAAGAAAGGAUUUCAAUGUGCAACACCAUUCUGAUGUAUGAUGAAAAGUGACCUUGUCUUAAACAAAAUAAACAGAUCUACGACUACUUUAAUUCAGAGAACGAAAGGUUGAUUGUUUUUUGCACUUUGGUCUGCGUUUAAACUCGUGUGUUUUAGUGGAGUAUCUUCAAAUUAUUAUAAGAGAACUUAAGUGAGAAAAUGGGAGGGCGUAAGAGGGAUUGAAAUGUGAGAAUGAUAGAGAUUAAAAAAGGAAUUUUCUUGAAAAGUUUGUUAUUCAUCUUUAUCAUGUACAUAAUGCAAAGUAAUGUAAAAUGCUCUUAUACGUGUAAUAAAUCGAAUAAGAUCGCUUAUAUACCUCAAAGAUAAAUUCGUUCUUGUUAAGUGCGAGGAGAUCGUGUAAGUAAUAGUCGGAAAUUUACUGAAAAGCAUUAGUUUGUAUAAAUAAUGAUGGAAUAUAGACUACUAUAAAAGAA